GUCGUGGGAUGCUCGAUGCCAACGAACUGGCGGCGUACGUCCGAGCGGUGUGUGCAGGCCUGAGCGAUGCAGACGAGGCAUCCAUGCGUGGACGAGUGGGGAAUCGUGUAAUGCGCCUGCGCGACUUGUACGACGCGACAUCAACAACCCUUCUUGAACGACUAGAAGCUGCAGAGUGCUGUGACAGCGGCGGCGUGUGCACGUGCUCAUGCAUUCACAUCACACACUCUCCUCAGCACAUACUCUUCCCGACGGCUUCGAACGCUGUUGCGUUGCUUGGUCGAGUCGUUACGACCAGCACAGCAGGGACAAGAUGUUCGUGGCAUGGAUUAAACUUGUCUGACGGCGACACUACAAUUCCGAUGGUGCUUCUCCAACCUGACAUAUCAUGUCUUCAUCAACUCGUGUUCAUCACGUCGUGGAAAUGCAUCCAAGCACCCUCCUUCAUGUACCUCGAAGUGGAGCGCGUUGCAAAGCUACAGUUGCCGCCACCGCCCAUUUUGCCAGCCUCGAUGACGUGGGAGUCCCUUCUGGCGUCAUGCUACCCUGCCCACGAAGGUCCAGUGCACGGUGGUCCGUAUCAGCUACAGCGUGCCUUGACCAAACGCUCGAGCAGCAAGCCAUGGCCGUCCAAGUCACGGCAUUUUGUCGUGGCUGGGCGCGUGGCUUCGAUCUCUCCAGUGUCCAAUCAAGUAGACGCUCAGUACUUUUUCAUUGAAGUCGAAGUCGGCGACGAUACAUCGGCGAGGCUGCAUCAAGCGCAACCCGCGGCGCGACAUCGACAGUUCAUUUCGGUCUUAAUGGCGGGUCAUACCGCAGCGUUCCACCCGUUCUUGUGGCCAGGGCUGAAUGUUUUGCUCACUGACUUUGUCAAGGUGUUUGCAAAAGAGUGCAACAUGUACAUGCUGCACUCGACAACGUCGCCAUCGUAUUCCUCCACCGGCACAUGGAGACCUCUGCGUGACGACGCCCACACGACCCUGCACCACGUCACCGUGGUCACCCAUUCGUUACUGCCAUCGUUCCACGUCCACCAAGCGCUGCCUCCAUACCGCACAGACCCUGACUCGACCCUUCAUUUGACUGGUACACUCACACGUCGUAUCUGCGACGACUCGUUCGAGGUCAAUCAUUCUGUGGUGGUUCUCUUCGCCCACUUUCCCCUGCCGAAUCGAAGUGCUGGUCUUCGCGUUGGCGCGAUAGUCACCAUCUAUCACGGUCACCGCAUCGGACCGGCGCUUGUUGGUCUGUGUUCUCGUAGCUCGGUCGUCCUCGAAUCCUUUUCGACUCGGUUGUCCCCGAUGUACAUCCAGCCGAGGCUGUCUCGCAUCCAAGAGCUCGGUUUCCAUCAAGUCCCGUUGGCGACUGUGGCGUAUCUACUAGAUUUGUCGAGAGAUAUUCUGCGACGGUUUAGCACUCGCUCAUCGGUUUGGAGCCCCAAGUCGACCACCACCAGCUCAAAUGCCGUCACGACACCUGUGUGGGACGUCUUUCGCGAGGGAUCGUUGCGCCGGCAAACCGUUCUGCGACUCAUGGCAGCGUCGGCAGGGGUGAUUUGGCGCCCUAGACCCACCCUAGGCUACAGUUUCCUUUGCCACUCCAGUACUACAUGCUUUAGCGCCGCCUCGGACGCCAAUGGACUUGUCGGCCCAGCAAUGUCCUUACAAGACUUGGUGGAUCGCAUGGUUAGUCGAUCGGCCAGCCUGAGCACAGUCGAUGCACAAAUGGACUGCCGUACCCAUCAGUUUGUCUUUCCAUCGUCAGAUGAGCCCCAGCCAUCUAUUCUUCUCGUGGGGUGCAUUCAAGGCUCGAUGGCGAUGAACGACCUUCACCUCGUCGAUCGAACGGCCAGCAUUCCUCUGGUAGUCGGGCGCCCUGAGUCUGUCACGGUGGCCCCACCAUCAACCCUGUACCACCUCACCGCGUACGAUGUCGUUGUGACGCGUGUUCCAUUUCCCGACAACGACGACCAUCGGUAUCGUCAGUUUGCAACUCAAGCCAGAGCCAUCCAUUCCUCUACCCACGUGACUCAUGUUCACAUACGAUGCCACGACCUUCGGCCCAUUGUGGCCACAUCGGCGGCAGAUCCGCUUCUUGAGGCACGGCCCACAUGUACAAAGCGCUUGCUCGUCCUUCGCAUCGAUAGUUUACCGCAAUCGCGCACGGACGUCGUUUGCUCUCACUUCCUCUUACACGGCGUCUUCGUUCCGUCAACGCCAGCGGCUAUGGCCCAAGCCUCCGACUCCAACUGGUGCCUCGUCCAGGUCCUCGUUUCUCGGCAAGCCCUCCCAUGGCAUGUGCAUGCGCAUAGCGUGUGGGACAUGACUUUCACUACAUCAUCGCCGCAGCGCAUCGAGUUCACGCCGCCGGUGGCAUCCAUGUGCGCCUUCGACUAUCAUUUGGCGAAAUUUAAACAUUCGUUGGCUUCAAAUGGCCCAUCAGCCAUGAAUGCACUCCGAUGGCAAGAAGUCCUCGCGCAAUCCAACGUGACGAACACGGUGGUGCAGUUCCGCCACACGAUCGACGGCACCACAACGUUCACAUGGGUUUCAAACUUGCAUCCCAUCACCGCCCCCGAUGACACGUCGCUGCUGUGGCGAGCCAUGGCCUCUACGUACGAUGCAGUCCAGCCCCCGUCCAGCCUUCUCGUGACUCCAUUACCCCCCACCACUUUGACUGGACCUACUCCCAUGCGAACAGCGCUUCCGUCCGAGUUGGAUGACCGAGUGGUCUCCGUCUGCGGCAUAGUCACCGACUUGAUGGUGGUACGACCGUCCGAGUGCCAUCACUACGGCAGCGCCACCAACGAAUCGCAUGAUUGUGUCCUGCUAGUGACUAUCCAAGACCAGCUUACCCCCGACACUGUGUCCGUGGGGCUCUGGAUGGACCACGAUCAACGUCGGUAUGCGUGGCCUUCCGGGCUUGCAUUAGGCGUGCUUGCGUCGAUACAUCGCGUCAAGGUGCGUGUGCGGAAGCGCGGAUUCAAGCUGGACAUAGUCCAAUUGCACGCGACGACUGUCAUCCUCCAUUGCCGGACGCCCAAGUGCUAUUCCAGGCAAAUUGUCGCUGGUUUUGGCCAAGAAAAACUCGUACACGUGCCACGCAGUCUGCACAACACCGCGUACGAGUCGCAUACGGACGGCGCCCCGACCACCAUGAUUGACAUGUACCAGUACUCUGUCAUCGACCGCCGAGUCCAUCGAUUCGUGGCUACUGUGUGCCACAUCAGCUACGCCAUCCUGAAGUGCAUUUGCCAGCACUGCCACGGCCCCCUCACGAGGGAUUCCACACCUGUCGGACAUGAUGGUUUCACGCCGCUCCGGCACGACAUGUUGAACAUAUGCACCCAAGCACCGUCCCCCAUGGUCGAGUUUCGCUUGCGGUGUAUUGUAGAUGACUCCACCGCGCAAGUCGAACUACAUUGCGACGGAGAUGUUGCUUGGAAUCUCCUGCAGAUGCCACACCGAGCUCGAUAUGUGACACUGACAAUGGAAAAAGGUGGGGAGCUCGCCUUCUUCUCAAGCAACGACGUGACUGCGGGAACGAGGGAAGCGCUGUGGCGGACGGCGGUCCUGGAAGCGUUUUCAACAGUGGGGCAAAUGUCCAUCCAUGCACGAAGGUUUUAUUCCAAACCCAACAGUGAAUCGAAUGCUGCGCCGCCUGGACCGCCGAUGUCCGUCCUCCGGUGCGGCGAUUUCUCCGUGAGGACUCCUGUGCAGCCGAUGAUCCACAUGGAGGCGACGUCCGUCGACAAGGUGCAUGCGAAAUCCGAGCUCCGGCGACUCUUGCAGUGUCAACAGUAACUUGACGCACCCAGAAUUCAAAAUACCAUAUUUAUUCUAAACUCUGUUUAGCGAUCACAAAUUCGUUUAAAACUCAAUUGAAAUUCAGAAUGUAGGUCAGUUUCC